AUGGCGGCUGGAUCAACAGCUGAUGCUAGAUCUCAACCACGCCGUAAAUUAGCACUUAUAAUUGGUAUUGAUAACUAUGCAAGUGGGAAAAUAUUGAAAAAUGCAAGAAAUGACGCGCGUGACAUGUCGUCGAAGCUGGAAAGUAUUGGAUUUAUUACUAAUGGACCGAAAUUAGAUUUGACAUAUAAGCAAAUGGAGCUUACUCUGGUUGAAUUUAAACAUUCAAUAGAAGAAGGAGAUAUGGUUUUGUUUUAUUUUGCUGGGCACGGAACACAAUGGGAAGUACGUAUCGAGGGCUUUGAAUGUUAA